UUCCCUUAUAGCGUUUUUCUUUGCCACAAGAUGUCGAUGUCUGUUGACAUGGCAUUUACGAAGCUUCUCAAAUUUCUUUUUAAGUUGAAAAAAAAAAUUACAAAUCACACUUUAAAUUGAUAUAUUAAAUAUUUCUGAAAUAAUCUAGACGUAUUUUACAUGACUGCGAAUUGAGUAAUAAGUUGUCAAUUUCAGUGUACCUUUUAAAGUAAAAUGUCUUUUUCGAGGGUCACUGAGCUCUUUUUUGAUUGGCCAUCACCUGCUGCAAUGGAGUGACAGAGUUUUGGCAGCGAAAUGUAGCCUCUGUUAUGAUUUUACCGGGAGUAAUUACACAUUGUAUGAAUUUGUCAGUUGCGGAUUUUAUAUUUAUGCAUAAAAGAUGAAAAUCUGAAUUAAUAAUUUGGGUUUGGAAUUGAUUUGCAUUGUUUGCGACGGAAACCGUGUGAAAAUAUACACGCAAUGUUUUUCUUGGGGGACCUCGGUGGAUUUGAGUCAUUGAUUUCGGUGCGACUAUAGAUUGGAAGCCUUUGUACAUGAUCAUACCUGUCCCGCAUUCUUGGACAGUGUAAACACCGAUACGCAAUGCCUUUCUCGGCGGAAGAAUUGUCCCAGUUGUGUUUUGGAAUAACUUUUGAGCAGAGUUUUGUGUUGUAAUUACAAAAUGUAAAGUUAUUUUGAGGAUUUCUUUCGUUGAUGGAGUGUUGGAAAACCACUUUGACAUAGCCUGAAAAUGUUGGAUUAUUGUUAUUGGAUUAGCGUGCACAUUCUGUAAAUAAUGGCUACACAUGCAUCAUUUAUGGAAAACCCUUUGGUGGUGUGGGUUAAUACCUUUCACGUUGGAGAUGUGAAGCCAUUGACUUACAAGGAUUUGUAUGAUGGGGUUUUCCUCAAUGAUGUUAUGCAACAAAUAGACCCAGUGCGGCCUGCCUAUCAGGCGGUGAACAGGGUGGUGGAUGAUGACGUCACAGUGCGGCUCUUUAACUGGGAUUUACUGGUGAAAAACAUCAAGACGUACUAUCUGGAGGUCCUGCAGCAGUUGUUGAUAGCCAAACUACCCAAUAUUCACAUCAUUGCAAAUGACCCCAAUAAAGAUACAAGUUUUGAGGAAAUUCGUACGGUGCUACUCUUAAUUCUUGGUUGUGCUGUGCAGUGUGAGAGGAAACAGGAAUUCAUUGAGAACAUUAAACAGCUGGAGAUCGAUGUCCAGCAUGCUAUUGUUGACCACAUCAGAGAGGUCACCGAGAGUGGAGACUACAUCAUACCUAAUGAAGCUCCAAACCAGCCCGAGGAAUACACAAAAACCUUCAGUCUUCUUAGUCAACUGGUUCAGGAACGGAAUGACCUAACUGAGCUUGUGAUAGAGCUGACCCAGGAGCGAGACUUCUACCAGUCUCAGGCAGAAGGUGCGGCCGCCCCGAUCAUCCCGUCCAUCAGUCCCGAGAAACACCGGCUAGCCGUCGAACUCGCCGAACACAAAGCCAAACUGAGGAGGGUUAGACAGGAGCUUGAAGAGAAAAUUGAGCAUCUCUCGGACACUCAAGAUGAACUGGAUGAUGUGAAGAAUCAACUUGUCAAGCUGAAGAAUGAGAAUCAACAGCUUCUGCAGGACUCACGAGUAACACGUUCCCUCAAGGAUGAGAUUGAUAUUCUCAAGGAAAAGGCCAGCAAAGUUGACACUUAUGAGAAGGAAAUCAUAAAAUACAAAGAAAAGUUAAAUGAACUGGAGUUCUACAAAGCUCGAAUGGAGGAGCUGCGAGAGGAGAACGGGAUUCUGGAGGAGACGAAGGCUAUUCUAGAGGAUCAACUCGACAGCAGUCACAAGCGGGUGGAGACUGUCAUCGAGCUGGAGAAUGAACUGCGGCAUUUCCGGGAGGAAAUUGAGCUUCUCACUUCUGAGCGAGAUGAUGCACGUGAGAAAAUACAGCUGCUGGUGGAUGAGAAUUUGCGUCUAGAAUUUGACAAGAAAAGUUCCAUGAAUGAGAGUGCUAGUUUGGAACAGGAGCUGGGAGCUGCCAGACUUAAUAGUUUAGGACUAGGAGGCUCGCUAUCAGACCAACUCAAUGAAACCUCCAAUGCUAGAUUAUUACGUCUGCAACUGGAAAAUCAACAACUACAGCAAAAGCUUAAAGAAUCAGCUGAAAAUGCAAUGAUACAUAAUACAGCUGUAAACCUGGAGCUUGAGAAGGAAAACCAAAGACUUUCCAAGAAGGUAGAGAAAUUGCAGGAAACAAAUUCCACCACAUCCCAGAAGUGUCUAGAACUCGAACAAAAUGUCCAGGAAUUAAUGAAAGAGAAAGAGAAGAUUGUACAGACUUUAGAAAUGGUUAAAGAAAAUUCAGACAGGCAGGUUCGAGAGCUAGAGAGAGAAAAUGAACAUUUAGCCCAAAAUAUAGAAGUCAUUCGGGAAAGAAAUGAAAAAUCCAAUGAUGCAAGGACUAAGGAUUUAGAAAAAGAGAACAAACAGUUGCACGAAACGAUAUCUGUGAAAAACAACAUUCUUUCUAAGAUGGAGUUUGAAUCCAAACAGUUAAAUAGGUCCUACAUCAAGUUAAAGGAGAGUGCAAGUAGACUUGCAGAACUUGAAACUGAAAAUGCAGACCUGUUAAAAAAAUCUUCUGAAAUGCAACAAAAAAUUGCAACACUUGAGCUGACCUGUGAUAAAUUUGAGACCUUAGAACAAGAGUUUUCUGAUAUUGAAGUUGAAAACAAAAAACUUUCCAAAACUGUGGAAACUGUUCAGAAUUCUCUUCGUAUGAAAGAAAAAAUAGAAGAACAAAAUAUUAAUUUAAAUGUUGAAAACCAGAAGUUACAAAGGACACUUGAAUCGUUGAAAAGUUCUUCAGGAAAAGUUAUAGAAUUGGAAAAUGACAAUGAUGUUUUAAAUAGAGAAAUUCAGCAAUUACAAAAAACAUUAGAGACUCAGAAAAGUCAAAAAACGAAGAUGGAGCAGAUGGAAUUUGACUUGGUGGACUUGGAUAAUGAUAAUCAAAGACUUCAAAAAGCUCUGUCCAUCACACAAAAACGGGUAGAAGCUUUAGAAAAAGAUAAUAACGAUCUUGAUAGUGAAAAUGAAAAACUACAGAACUCUGUAGAGACAAUGAAAAGUUCUUUAAAACGCCUCGAGGAGAAGAAUAAAGAAGCCAUUGAACUUGAAACUGAAUUAUUUUCUGUCCAGAAAGAAAAAUCCUUGUUUGAAAAGGAGAAUCGAAAGUUGAAACAAACGUUAGAAUUGAAAGAUUUGUCUUUGGAUGAGAUGAAUGGAAAGUUUAGUGCUUUAGAACAAGAAUACAAAGGGUUGAAGAAAUCUGUUGUUAGAAUGAAAGAUACGUGCGCUCGUGUGAAGGAACUCGAGAAGGAUAACAAAGAAUUGUUGCAAGAAGUCAACAUGGACAAGAAAACUCUGGCCACACUUAGAGAGGAUUUGGUGAAUGAGAAGAUAAGAUCUCAACAGCUGAGCAAUGAACUGGAAAAAUUAACUUAUGAGCUAGAGAGAAUCGGAAUAAACCGGGAAAAGUUGGUGCAUGCUGAACAGACUGAAGAUGGAAACAAGUACAAGGCACUGGAGUCGUUGAUGCAUGAUACACUGACCAAAAACAUGGAAAUCAAAGAGGAGAAAAUACAGGCUCUUGAAAGCAGAUUGGAGGAAUCAAAGAAUCGUAACCAGAAGUUAAAUGACGAGUUGAGGAAACUGAAGAAAGAGACAGAAUCUCUGAAACAGAGAUAUGAAGAGGAAAUGGUCAGCCGUGACCAGGAAAGACUGAGUCCGACCAUCCACCAAGUGAGGAUGGCUCCAGUUCAGCAAGCCAACUCGACUAAAGAUAUCCUUGAUCUGAAGGAUCAUCUGGUGCAUCUUGAGAGAACAAAUGCUACUCUGCUAUCUGAGAACACAAAUUUGAGGUCUCAAGUAUCAUCUCUUGGCGAGCAGAUUCAAAAACUGGAGAAUCAGAACUUUUCCAUGAACUCGCAGAACUCCGGUCUCCACGAACAGUGCUUACACAUGCAGACAAACAAUGCAAAGCUACAGGUGGAAAACACUGCUGUGAAAUCUCAAUGUGAAUCACUGAUGACCCAGAAACGAGCCUUACAAACUCAGUUAACCACCUUGGAGUCUGAACACGAACACUUGAUUCACAGUCACGAGGAUCUGCAGAGCUUUCACGAGUCUCUUGUGUCCGACCACGAGUCUCUACAACAGCUUCACGAGCAGCUAACCUCGGAGUACGAGUCUCUGAUAUCCGAACACGGCUCUCUCAAGUCGAUCCAUAAGUCUGUGAAAAACGAACUGCGGGAUCUUCAGGAGCAGCUAGACUCUCUACUCCAAGGGAAGAACGAUGUGAAUAAGAUUAGGGAUCUUCUUGAGAAGGAGCGGGAACAGCUCAAGUCAGAGGUUCGAGCUCUGGGGAACCUGCAGAUGGAUUACGACAAACUGCGAGAUGAGCAGGACCGACUGCGGGCCGCCUACAACAAGCUGAACCAUGACUACCACAGUCUGCUGGCCGACCACAAGCGCGUGAAGUCGGAGAACAACAACCUGCAGCUGAAGAACACCGAGCUGACUGCAGAACUGAAUGAAAACAAGGAGACGAUUACGUGCAUGGAUGUGGAGAUUCAGAAACUGGAAAACAGGUUUGAUGCGAUGUACCAGGUGAACCAGCGUCUGGACGAGGAGAACCGAGCGCUGCUGAUGCAGGUUCAGCAGCUUCUCAACCAGAACCAAGAUCUGCUGAUGCAGGCACUGGAAAACAAGGACCAGUACGUUGAGGAACAGAAGUCAUACAUAGAGAGACUAGCUGACUUAAAACGUCAAAAGGAAAGACUAGAAGAGAAAAUAAUGGACCACUACAAAAAUAGAUGGGAGUCACCAAAGAAACGACAAGGUUUUGGAGCAAGACUGGUACGGAAAGCACGUGGAAUUAUCUCGAGGACCCAGCGGAGCAAAAGUCGACCAAAUCUUUCUGAAGAUAGUCCAGAAAAUUCAUCUUUGGGUUCUGGAUCACAUGGAGAUUCUACUGAGAAGGUUAACAGUAAAUCAGAAAGGAAAGCUUUUAGACGAAGUAGUGCCGAAAUUUCUGCGGGCAGUCCUCAUCUCUCAAAGCAAAACAAAUCUCUAGCGAAAUCCACCACUGCCUUGGCAUCCCUGAACUCAUCAGGGGGCCUGUCUAGACUCCGAGGUGCCAAAUCUAAUGACGACCUUUUGAAUGACACUACGUUUCACAAUGCCAGCACGGGUGAAAAAGAUUCCAUCUCCUCUGGUGGUUCAUUGCAUCUCCAUUCAGGUUUGGGAAAGCCUGGCAGUUUGGAGGACGACCAGGAUGCGGGGUUCUCGCUGCUAUCCGUGAAGUCGAAAAGCUCGGGACAUUUAUCUGGUCGGGAGUCGCCGGGCAGCGAACUCAUCACACUGGAACAGUUUCUGUGUGAGGCUAACAAGACACCUGCGAAGGACAAAGCUGCAGUGAGGAGUCCGGAUAAUGCAGAGUCACACAGUACAGCCAGCACACACUCCGACUACAACAGCAGGGUCAUCCUGCAUCGCCCAACACCAAUCACAGCAUCACAGGAUAAGACCCACAGAUACACCAGUCCACUGACAGACAUUGCUGCCUCUGGUGAUCUGAACCUAUCCAACAUGUCAAGACUCUCGGGCAUUUCAUCCAGCAGCAACACCACAGAUACACCACCUCAUAGCAGACUGGACAUGAAGACAUCCACACCGAAGGUGAAACCUGCUGUGUCAGGUUCUAGGAUGUAUGGACAGCCUGAGAGACCUAAAAGUGUUAAUGUUGAACUCGCACGAUUUCAGGGUGGGCAUCAAAACAUGUCCCAGCAACAGGACGACCAACACAGCAAUUCUAGAGUCUAUGGUUCUUACUCCAUGCCAAAGAGAUCCAAUGACAAUCCGUCCACCAUAACUGCCUCAAAUUAUUCACAAUCAUCUACGACGGCCAUGCCGUACGCACAGUCGCCGGUGACUUCCUCACAGUACCCAGACGAUCGGCUGUCUUCGGGGUCUUCACACAAAUCAGAGGAACAACUGUUUCCAAGGUCAUCAUAUACAAGCAAUUCUUAUUCCAGACCAGAUAACCAUAAAACACAACCUUCUACCAGCGUUCCAUCCUCACAAAUGAACGUUUACAUGGGCGAGCCUUCAUCUGAAGCUAUCACGGUACCGCCUCAUUCACAGGCACAGAACUACAUUGGACAGCGGCCUUUGGAUCAUUUUGUUGGUAUGAGUAAUCAGUCACAGCUUUCACAGUAUUCCUCCGGUCCUGAACCACUCCGUUCACCACCACCACCACCAGCGUCGGCAGUAGCAGGCAGUCGUCCAACCACAAGAGAACUACCACCAACACCUCCUGAGCGUGAUGUAUGCCUUUCUCCCACCGAGAGGUUGGACAAAAUGAUGAAUGCAUUACAGACUUCCAGCAACUACGGCUCUGGUACUAGUUAUCCAAAUCUUAAUAACUCCGCAGAGAGACCUAGUCGAGAGGUGAGGCCACAGAGGAACCCGGCAUCCCAGCCACCAGUUUCCAGUUCAGCACUGUAUUCCAAAGUUAUUGGUAGGCCUCCAACAUCUGGGAGUUCUGUCAUUGGCAAUCGUGUUGCAGGAGAUCGUCCACUUGCACACAGUCGGCAGACUGCUUCACAAGCUCUCUUUCCACAGGGUCGACCAGCUGGAGCAAAUGCACUGAUUAAACGUCCAUCUAGUGCCCUCGGUCAGGCAAGUAAUCAUUUACAGAAGAAUGAUGCAUCAGUUUAUUUUACACCCAACCAUUCCCAACACGGUGAUGACAGGAGGUCAGGGGUUUCUAGCGGCAACAGUGGCAUGAAGCCCCAGACCUUGAUCACGCACACCGUUACAUUCCAUAACAAUAACUUAAGUCAGAGUCAGGGCAGCAGCAAACAGAUAGAACGACCGAAAUCUGUACCUCCACAUCUGUUUAAUCCUGCCAUUCACAGUUCUGGCGAUGACCACACCAAUUCUAGGGGUGUUAUUCCGCCCGUUCCACCUCCCCGUCGAAGUCGAGAUCCGGUUCCCGUUGGAGGUAACAUUAGUCUGCUGCAAGAACCGGCCGUCAACUCCAGACCAUUGAACAACAUGCCGGGUCCUCAGCAGCCAAACUCAUCCAGCCAAGCAAGUCCACAGUCUGCUGUUGACCGUUUGCUACCAAAUCAUUCCAGUCGGCCGCAGCCUUCACAGACGCCAACGGCUCGUAUUCAGCCACAAACUAAACCCAUGAAUAGCAGACCGCCUCUGUCGCGACCUGUGAAAACUGAGGAACAGCCGGCAGCAACUUCGACUUCUCAACAGCAGCAGGGGCCGAAACAGAAUGCUGUGUGGUACGAGUAUGGUUGUGUUUAGCUUUUGCAUUUUACACUUAGAACAUUUCCAUUUGGUAAGGACAUUUGAAUGCAUGAGUUCUUCCUGGGGUCAGAAUGUCUUAAGUAUGUUCUUGUCCCAUUGAUAAUUUGUCAAUUAGGACAGCUUGGUUGAUGAUGCACGGCAUUUUUGUUUGGGUCUAGUUAAUUUGUUACCUCUGGUUAUGUGAUUAAAAGAAUACAAAGAGAAGUCAGCAUUCCUCCAGUGUUGAGCUUGAGGGAUUUUGGACAUUCAUGUAUUGCUAAACAUCAGCGUAGCAGGUGUUUGAAACCAGCAUCAUGGUUUUGUGGCUGGUAAUGAUUUUAGACGUGAUAGUUGUUGUAGUGGGUAGAAUGGACUAAACGUUAUUCAUUCCAGUUGUCUAAAAUAUUAGAAAUUAAAACAUUUAAGGUUUUUUACACCUCAGCAGUUUUGGAUUAGAAGAUGGUUGUUACUGCUCAGUUCAUGUAUUUUUUAUGUGUAUCUUGUUCAUUCUGGUUCCUGUAUAGAUACGAUAAUAUAACCUCAACUAGUCUAUAGACAAAAUCUUUGGGUCAUACCAGCAGUGUUGUUAUUGAAAUAUGCUGAAAAGUACAGGACCCUGUAAAAUGUCAAGGAAGGGAAAAUUGCUGCAUCUUCUCAAAUACAUGUAAUUGGUGUUUUGCACUCUUCAGACAGACAGCCAGGGGCCUCAAAACAAGUCAAAAUAAAUACACAAUUACCAGGCCCUAAUCUAGUCUGCAAAAUAGAGCACUUUGUUAGAGGUUUUGGCCAAAAGUCUCAAGUCACCGAAUUAUUUAAAGUCCAUUUUCAAAACCAAAAUCACACAACAGACUGACUUUUUUUUAGUGUCAUAGCUGACUUAACACCUUGUCUGUUUGUUGAUUUGCUUUGGCGUCAGACUGUACAUCGGCACAUGUCACACAACUUGCAGUCACCGGUUAAGUGUGGUUUAGUUCUUGGCCAGAUUCAUUUCAGUAAUGGCAGUAAAUACUAAUUAUUUUCAUUUUAACAUAACAAAGACACAUGAACUAAUUAGUAGUUAUGUUUUUAAUGGAAAUAACUAAUUGUUUUGAUUAAUUUUAUUAAAUGCUCACUUUGUCUAUGUUUAUCAAACUUCUUCUUGAGAAGGUUGAAGUCACGUCUACUUUUCAAAUUCUAGAUUAAUGGUGCUUGAUUAUAAAGAUAAUAAUCUAAUAAUUCAAAUAUUUUUGGGGUGUAUACUGUCAUCUAAUUCUUUUUUAAUAACAAAGCUGAAUUAUGUUAUCGUAUCUAGUUCUUGUCCAGUUGAUUGGUUACAUUUUCUGGUUCUGGCAUGCAAAGUUUGGUUGGUUACAUUUGCUGUCAUUAGCAUGUGGAUGAAGUUAUGACAUUAAUUUGUUGUUAAAAAGAAUGCAUGAGAUUUGAGAAUAUCCAAAGUUUGAGGAUACAUGUGCAUGAACUGUUGAAUGAUGUUUUGUUUUUUUGGUUUCAUAAAUAUUUAAUAUUAAAUAUUAAUUUUACAUCUGUGUUAACUAUUUAUUUUUUGCCUAGAUUCAAAUAAGUUUUGAUUAGUAGUAAUAAUUGUAGUUUUAUACUUUUGUUUAAGAUUAUUGCUUGCUUUUUUUUGUAACAAAAACAUCAAUGUUUAGUUUUUGUUGUUAACUAAUACCAAAUUGAAUACCUUUUUCACAAAGAUAAUUGAAAAUGAAAAAUAUUUAGAUCUCGAGUGCAAAUUAUUUCAUUGUAGGCAACUAAGUGCAUCUUAGUAUUUUUCUUUUUGGCAGGCCACGAAGAUGAUGUUGCUAAAAACACUGACUGCAUGCUGGGAAUGGUGCCCAGUUAUUUCCCUUGGCAAUGGGUUCAUCUCGUGUGUUCCUCGUUUGUCGAAUUUUACUUUAAUAUUUAUUUGGAUUUUGCAUUUAUUCUGAAUGGAUUUUUUUUUUUUUUUUGGUUUGUUUGUUACAGUACAUUCCAACAUUGGCCUGAUGUCCAGUUUCAUUGUGAUAGUCGUCCUCACAUUCUGUUCGUUGUAUUAACAGCAUGUUGUCGUAACCACUCUAAAACCCUGAUGCCAUUUCUCUGAGCAUGGUUUACUAACACUGAUUGGGUUGUUUUUCUGUCAAAGCACGUGACUGUGAUGAUCUAAUUUUGUGCUUUUGAUUGUUGUAUUUUUGACAUAUUUGUCAUGUGUUGUUUUUUCGUAGUAUGUUUGUUUUUCUCCCACAGACUUACCCACUACUGUCUUGGUGCAAUAUUACUUUAGUUAACAUUCCCAAACUUGUGAUUUACAUAGUAACUUAUCAGUUCUUAAUAUAUUUCUAGCAAGACUUAAAUUAUUGCCACUAGGUUCCAGUCAGGACUAUUCCAAAAAUUACCAUGAGAUACAAGGUUGUUUUGUUUUGUUUGUUUUGUUGGGAGGUUUUUUUUUUUGUUUUUUUGGGGGGGGGGGGGGGGGGGGGGGGGGGGGGGGGGCUUCUGCCUGCCAUUCUUAAUAGAAGUCUAAAAAUUACUGUAUUUCCAUAACAAUCUAACUUGUAACAGAAAUUGCAAUGCCUCCUAUGACAUGAUUAUUUCUGGAAUAGCCCUAAUUUAAUCAGCAGUUGUGAAUUGUUUUGUUUUUUGUUUUUUUCUAUCAGUGUAUACAGUUAGCAAUAAAAUCUUUAAAAGGAAACAUGAAUCAUAACCCUUAUUCAGUCAUUUGUUAAUACUGUAUGAAUAAAAUACCAAAGUUAUAUUUGUUAAAUCAAAAUACAUACAUUAUCAGACUUCACCGGGAUAAACAUUGAGGGGAGUGAUUGAUAUUUAAUCCUUUUGUAGAACUGGUUUUUAAAAUUCAGAUACCUCCCCUUAAACAGCCAGAUCUGCAUUAUACAUCCAAAUGGAGCAGGAUGUAGCUCAAGCGGUAGUGUGUCCACCUGUGAAGCGGUCGGUCAUCUGAUUAAUCCUUCUCAGUAGACCCAUUUGCAGUUUGGGCUAUUUUCCGUUCCAACCAGUGGUCCACAACUGG